GGCAAUACCGAAGCACAACUGAUCAGUACCAAAAUGUCUGUCCCGUUUUCAGGAACGCUCGGGCGAUCAAGGGGCAUUAUAGAUGCUAUUCAUAAACAGUUGCGAUUACUUAAUCUAAAACCUGUGGGAAGGAUAGCAAUAAAGUUUGAUCCUUUUGGCAGUAAAGCUUCUGAGACACGGAAUUUUCUUUUCCACAUUACAUUGCCAAAAGUAAGAGAAACAAAUCCUGAGUGUGUAAUCAAAACAGAAAUUUUAAGUGAUAGGAGUGAUCCAAAUGUUGAGUUCAAAUUAAGAAACGGUGAGAAAGUAAUAUUCAAAGCGGGAAAUCUGACUACCUUGGAGCUACUUCAGUUGUACAACAAACACAUAACACCUUUAGCCCCUCCCCCAGAAGAAGCUUCCAUUGCCAUUGUUACAAAAGCAUCUAAAACAAAAGGAUCAAGAAGAAAAUAAAGCUUUACAAUGGCCCACAAAGCAUACAAUCUCAAAUUAAUCGAUACCAUUUAUGGCCAAGUGCCAGCUUUCACAGAUAUAUUUGAUGAAGAUACGUGGUACAUAUUUGUGGCCUGCUUUGUUGCAGGUACUAUAAUGGUUGCAUUCUUACUUUCCAGGUUCAUCACAAUCAAGCCAGUUGAAUAAAAUGUAAUUAAUUUAUGUUAUAUGUAAUUUAGUAUUUAAUAAAAGAAAAUGAAUUCGCAAUACCAAUUAUUUUUAAUUCCACGACACCCUAAUUCACAAAUUCCUUUCAAAAAAAACAACACUUUACUUUCAAAUCUUUGUGACACUCGCUAGAAUAAUUACUGUGUUUUGUUUACAUGGGCAACCAUUUUUGGAAGACGCGAGAAAAAAGGAAUGGUAAACAACUUACUUGGGACUACUUUGUCCGUGGCGUCAUUUCAACACUUCCCAGAACAUUCAAUAAUCCUUCUCUAAAUAUUUCGUAUUUCUCACUACAGGUCAAUUCUUAUUUUAUUUUCGGCACAUCCUUGACAAUGACAUUCAGUGAGGCGAAAGCUACAUCAAUAACCCGGGCUUGACCUACGCUACGGCGACAUUGGGAACUCCAAGGUCGUUGUUUAUUUUCUACAAAACACAAACAUAUUUCGACACACACACAAACAGGUUGGAUGACAUUUACUUACUGUUCUUUUCUACGGCGAAGAAUAUUUCGCUACUUUACGGCUGUACUUUGUCAGGUGCAUACUAAAGAGGGAUAUUACAACAUGGUGGUAAUGCGUUUCAGUUGUAUGUGCUAUCUGGACCCUAACCACCAUUCCUUUCGUCUCCGGAAAGCAUGGCUGCAGCGCUUUCGCUCUCACAGGCCCUUCAAUCGAUAACACCAAUCCCUCUUCACUCGCUUGUUUGUAUACACCGGCUCUACAGUCAUAAAAACACAAUUACGCACAAUCUUUCGCCCUAACACAAGCAGCUCUUCGAAGCACCGCCCACGAUGCACUUGUGCCUAUUUGUUGACACACUCUCCCACUACCCAGCUGUUCCAACUAAAUCCCUUUAAUGUGUGACAGUCAUUUGCCGCUCCGGAAAAAAGAUUUCGUUGCAAUGAUAUAGACAUACACGACGUGAUAAUCAUAGCGUAAGCACAUCACUUUAAUUUCAAAAAAUUAAUGCCGUCGUCGAUUCCACACCAUUUUAUGAAAUAUCCCACAAACCCUCCUAACAAAUAAGGCGCUACCGUUCCCUUCAUAGCGAGCACCUGUACACGCACUUCUCCACGCGAACUCUGUUUGGCUGGAACCAUCUCCCUAAUCCCCGCACGCGAUUGGUUCCCGCCAUAUGAAGCAGAUAUUACCAGAAAACACGUGUUAUGACGUCAAUCGAGAAGGAAAAUUGCACAGCCAUUUAAACCACUUUGUUUACGCCAUGUCUAUUCUGUACACAGAUCGGCUACCGAUAUCUACGAACUGAACGAUGGCAGUAUCGAAAAACUUAAUUGGCAAGGUCAUUCCGCUUCUCUUCUCUUUCCGCCACAUGACAUACGCGUUU